AUGCACAGCACUCAGAGGAGAGGAAGGAAGAGAGCGAGAGAACAGUCCUAUGGAGAGGCAGGGAGUGGUAUUAAGGAAGAGAGGGAAAGGCCAAGUGUAAGGUGUAGGAGAAGUCAUGAUGAGGAGGAUGAUGUAGAAAGGAAGAGGCAGGUCUCCUCCCGUUUGGCCAACCCUGUCGAAGGCCCUUCCACUCCCUCUGCCCAAAGCAGCAGGAUCCCCAGCAGAGGUCAGAGAGGAACAAAGAGUACUGCCAGGGAGGAAAGAACAUUAGGCAGAACUGGACAGGCAGGGCAGCAAGUUGAACAGCCCGUUAAGACCGAGGAAAAUGAGAAAGGACAACUGCAGAGCCCUCAGAAGCAAGGCAGGAAGAGAUCCCUUCGGUCACACGGAGAGGGCGGAAUUAUCAACUCGGAGAGGGAAAAGCCCUCUCUCAAGCGCAGGAGGAGUGGUGAGGAGGAGGAGGAUACAGCAGAGAGGAAGAAGCAGGGCACCUCUCUUUCAGCCAACCAUGGCCCAGGCCCCUCCCACUCCUCUGCCCACUGCAAAGCCAGCUUCACCUCCCUUUAUACUGUGGGAAAGUUGCUGGGAGAAGGAGGGUGUGGUUCUGUAUAUGCAGGGACCCGCAAAGCUGAUGGGAAACAGGUGGCCAUCAAAUACGUGACUUCAAGCUUUUCGAAGAGACAUCUGACAAUUCCUGGAGAGUCCCAGUCCCUCCCCCUGGAGGUGGCCCUGAUGGAGCUGGUGUGCCGCCCUCCUGCCUGCUCCCAUGUUAUCCAGCUGCUGGACUGGUUUGAGGAGCCAGAGUACGUGAUUCUGGUGCUGGAGCUGCCAUCCCCCUGCCUGGACGUGUCCACGUUCACCAAGCAGCUGGGGGGCUACAUGGAGGAGAGCCUGGCCCAGGUCAUCAUGCGGCAGGUGGUGCAGGCAGCGUUGCACUGCCGUGAGAGGGGUGUCCUGCACAGGGACAUUAAGUCAAGGAACCUCCUCAUCCAGACCGAUGAUUUCCACGUGAAACUCAUCGAUUUUGGAUGUGGAGAUCUCCUUAAAGAAGACCCCUACAGACAGUUUGCAGGAACGAGGCCGUUCCGCCCUCCUGAGUGGGUGAGGGAUGGGGAGUACCAUGGGCGCCCUGCUACCAUCUGGUCCCUGGGGGUACUCCUGUACGUCCUGGUGUGUGGUGCUCACCCAUUCAGACGAGAGGAGGACAUCAUUGCUUCAGAUCUGCAAUUUAAACCAGGACUGUCCACAGAUUGCAGGAAUCUGAUCCGGUGGUGCCUUCAGAAGGAUCCCAGCAAACGGCCAGUCCUGGAGCAGAUACUCCAGCAUGACUGGAUGAGGUUUUAG